AUGGAAAUUGGUUCAACACAACUGAACUAUGCAGAUGCCCAAUUGCGACUUCCUCCAUUGGAAGACAUUUUUGAGCCGGCUUUCUAUAUUCCCUUCUUGACGUUCUUCUUUCUUUUCUACUCGAUUGGUUAUGCAGUUCGCACACUGGCAUGGAGAGAUUAUUCAGGAUUUAGGCAAUAUCGACUUCGUAAUUUAACCGUAUGCUUGAUUCAUUCAUUCAUUACCGGUCUGUACACGUUAUCGUUUAUGUUGCUACAGCCAAAAGUAAUGUUCCAUGAGACGAUGCAUUGGUAUCAGCCAUGGUCCACGCUCAUUCUGUUCCUUUCAAUGGAAACAUUCACUGAAAAUAAGCAAAUUGUUCUUACAGCGUAUUUUGUGUGUGAUGCAGUUGAUAUGCUGCAACAUGAAAUUUCGCGAUGGACCGUCGAGUUGUUGCUGCAUCACAUGGCGAGUAUAUGCGUAUUUGCUUGUGCUGUGCUCCCGAGAAAAUUCAUUCCUUACGCUUAUUGGGCAUUGCUAAUGGAAGUGAACAGGUGA